UUUUUAUCGGUUCCAUACAGGCCUUGAAUUCUGCAUAAUUUCUUGCCGCAAAUAUUUGGCUGUCGCACCAAUUCGCGUGCGCGUAAUUUCAAAUGAACGGAAUGGACCACGGUGAUACGCACGAGCGUCUGGAGACCAUAAAGAUCGAGAACAGUAAUAGUUCGGGAGAUGAACCGAAAGAGAAAUCGGUCGAGAACCUUAAAGCGGAGGAAAUGACGUCCAAGGAUUACUACUUCGAUUCGUAUGCCCACUUCGGUAUUCACGAGGAAAUGUUGAAAGACGAGGUUAGGACGCUUACUUACCGCAACGCUAUGCUGCACAACAAGCAUUUGUUCGCCGGGAAAGUCGUUCUAGAUGUAGGUUGCGGUACAGCCAUAUUAUCUAUGUUCGCCGCCAAGGCUGGAGCCACAAAAGUCAUUGGCAUCGACUGUUCCAACAUAGUGGAUCAUGCGAGGACCAUAGUUGAGUCGAACAACUUGGAUCAUGUCGUAACUGUGAUCAAGGGGAAGGUUGAGGAUGUUGAACUGCCGGUUGAGAAAGUGGACAUCAUCAUCUCAGAGUGGAUGGGAUACUCCCUGUUUUAUGAGUCCAUGCUUGAUACUGUGCUUUUUGCCCGUGACAAGUGGCUGAAACCCGACGGCAUCAUGUUCCCUGAUCGAGCGACGCUUCUCCUUUGUGCGAUUGAGGAUCGUCAAUAUAAGGAUGACAAAAUAAAUUGGUGGGAUGACGUGUAUGGGUUUGAUAUGAGCUGCAUCCGCAAAGUCGCAAUUUCUGAACCACUUGUGGACGUCGUGGAUCCGAAGCAAGUCGUAACCAAUUCGUGCGUGGUGAAGGACGUCGAUUUGUACACCGUCAAGCCUGAAGACUUGAGCUUUGAAAGCAGCUUUCAAAUCCAAGUGCGACGCAACGAUUAUGUUCAAGCUUUCGUCUCAUUUUUCAAUGUCGAGUUUACGAAAUGCCACAAGCGCAUGGGAUUUUCAACUGGGCCAGAACAACCUUAUACUCACUGGAAGCAAACUGUCUUCUAUCUGAACGACUACCUGACGGUGAAGAAAGGUGAAGAGAUCACCGGCAAGUUUUCGUGCAAGCCGAAUAAGCGUAACAAGAGAGAUUUGGAUUUCCGCGUUGAGGUUGAAUUCAAGGGAGAGCUGUGUGAGCUGAAAGACGCUGUCGACUACAAGAUGCGAUAAUCUGCAGAAUUCUCAGCGAAAAAGUCACGUCCUUCUUUCAUGGUCCUUUUGGUUUUAACCCAUGUCUGGGGUUACCCAGGGUCGGUUUGAUUUCAAAUACGGCGUAUCUCGGUUCUAUGUUUUUGUGUUUUUUUUUUGCCGCGGUCCGCUGUUUUGUACUUGGCUUCCUGUGCUGGAUGCGAGGCGUGCGAGAAGGAUCACUGCGGUCAGAACUGAAACCUCGCAUGGAAAUAA